AAUAGCCAAUAGACUACCUGAUUUUGCAGACAAGAGGCGGGUCUAUGCUCACCGGUUUCGAUCGGAUGUCGUCUACGAAAACCGGAUGGUGGUUGUGUAGAGGAAGUUUUGUUUUGCGAGUUUUCCCGUCCGUGUCGACUGACUGAGUAUUUUGUUAUUGCGCUUAAAAUAACACGAAAUGAUAUUAGCGUGAAUUGCAUUAUAGGUAACCCCUAAAGUGCUCAAGGAGAGAAUAAAAGCUUAAGCUGUUUGAAGCGGCGGAACUCAACACUUCAGAGUAACCCGAGAGGACCUUUCUGCUAAGCUAACGUUACCUACAUAGUCAGCGCGGCUAGCGUUAGCCUCUGGUCUUCGUUGUGUUGUAGGGGCUCUCCGAGCUAACGAAGCCAUGGGGAACCGGGGCAUGGAAGACCUGAUUCCCCUGAUCAAUAAGCUUCAAGACGCUUUCAGCUCAAUUGGCCAGAGUUGCAAUUUAGACCUUCCUCAGAUUGCUGUGGUCGGUGGACAGAGUGCCGGAAAAAGCUCAGUCUUGGAAAAUUUUGUCGGCAGGGACUUUCUUCCACGUGGAUCAGGCAUUGUUACCCGUAGACCUCUCAUUUUGCAGCUGGUCAACAACAAAGCAGAGUAUGCUGAAUUCCUGCACUGCAAAGGGAAGAAGUUUGUGGAUUUUGAAGAAGUGCGGUUGGAAAUUGAGGCAGAGACUGAGAGGAUAACGGGCUCCAACAAAGGCAUCUCUCCCAUCCCAAUUAACCUAAGAGUCUAUUCCCCAAACGUGCUGAACCUGACGCUGAUCGACCUUCCGGGAAUGACUAAGGUUGCUGUCGGAGACCAGCCUGUAGACAUCGAGCACCAGAUCAGGGACAUGCUGUUGCAGUUCAUCACCAAGGAGAGCUGUCUCAUCCUGGCCGUCACCCCUGCCAACACUGACCUGGCCAACUCUGAUGCUCUGAAGAUUGCCAAGGAGGUGGACCCUCAGGGUAUGCGUACAAUUGGUGUUAUAACAAAACUGGACCUGAUGGAUGAAGGGACGGAUGCGAAAGACAUCCUCGAAAAUAAACUGCUGCCACUGCGUAGAGGCUACAUUGGUGUGGUGAACCGAAGCCAGAAAGACAUUGAUGGGAAGAAGGACAUUCGCGCUGCUCUGGCUGCAGAGAGGAAGUUCUUCCUUUCCCACCCCGCCUACAGACACAUAGCAGAGCGUAUGGGCACACCACAUCUACAAAAGACGCUCAACCAGCAAUUGACCAACCACAUCAGGGACACCCUGCCUGGUCUGCGCAGUAAGCUGCAGAGUCAGCUCCUCUCCCUGGAGAAGGAGGUGGAGGAGUACAAGAACUUCCGUCCAGAUGACCCAACACGCAAGACCAAGGCCUUGUUGCAGAUGGUGCAGCAGUUUGGUGUAGACUUUGAGAAGUGCAUUGAGGGCUCUGGGGACCAGGUGGACACCAAUGAGCUGUCGGGUGGCGCCAAGAUCAACCGCAUCUUCCAUGAACGCUUUCCCUUCGAACUGAUCAAGAUUGUGUUUGACGAGAAGGAGCUAAGGCGAGAAAUCAGUCACGCAAUCAAGAAUGUCCAUGGUGUCAGAACGGGCCUGUUCACUCCAGACCUGGCGUUUGAGGCCAUCGUGAAAAAGCAGAUCGUUAAGCUGAAAACACCCUGUCUCAAAUGUAUCGAUCUGGUCAUUCAGGAGCUCAUCAACACAGUCAGGCAGUGCACCAACAAGCUCAAUUCCUACCCCAGGCUGAGAGAGGAGACUGAGAGGAUUGUCACCACCUAUGUCAGAGAAAGAGAAGGGAAGACCAAGGACCAGGUUCUGCUGUUGAUUGACAUUGAGCUCGCCUACAUCAACACCAACCAUGAGGACUUCAUAGGUUUUGCUAAUGCCCAGCAGAGGAACACAGCUGCAAACAAGAAGAGGGCCAUACCCAACCAGAAUGUGCAUGGACCUCGCACCUAUCAAGGUGAGAUUCUGGUGAUCAGGAAAGGCUGGUUAACCCUCAACAUCAGCAUCAUGAAGGGAGGUUCCAAGGAGUACUGGUUUGUCCUGACUGCUGAAUCGCUGUCCUGGUAUAAAGAUGAGGAGGAGAAAGAAAAGAAAUAUAUGCUGCCCCUGGAUAACCUGAAGCUCAGAGAUGUGGAGAAAGGCUUUAUGUCCACAAAGCACGUCUUCGGAAUCUUCAACACCGAACAGAGGAACGUGUACAAGGACCUCCGCCAAGUGGAACUGGCCUGUGAUUCUCAAGAGGAUGUAGAUAGCUGGAAAGCGUCCUUCCUCAGGGCAGGAGUUUAUCCUGAGAAGGACCAGACGGAGAAUGAAGAGGCUGCCCCUGCAGACACAUUCUCUAUGGACCCUCAGUUGGAACGGCAGGUGGAAACCAUACGCAACCUGGUGGAUUCGUACAUUGGCAUCAUCAACAAAUCCAUCAGAGACCUCAUGCCCAAGACCAUCAUGCAUCUCAUGAUCAACAGUGCAAAGGAUUUCAUCCACUCUGAGCUUCUGGCCUACCUCUACUCAUCUGGGGACCAGGCAAACCUCAUGGAGGAGUCGGCUGACCAGGCCCAGCGCAGAGAUGAAAUGUUACGCAUGUAUCAUGCACUCAAGGAGGCACUGCAUAUUAUUGGUGACAUCACCGUCAACACCAUCUCCACCCCGGUACCCCCACCCGUAAAUGACAGCUGGAUCCCAGAAGUCAGCCCGACCCCUCAGCGCAGGCCGCCUCCUGCAGCAGCCACUCAUCCAAGUCGUCCGCCUGCUGUUCGGGGCCCAACACCAGGACCACCCUUGAACCCUUCUCCUGCCUUUGGAGCUCCUCUCAAUCCCUCUCCCGCCUUUGGUGCACCACCAAUUCCUUCUCGCCCAGGCCCACCCAUCAAUGCCUUCAACAGCAAUCUGGAUCCCUUCAGUGCGCCCCCACAGAUCCCCUCCCGGCCAGCCCGUGUCCCACCCGGUGUACCCAGCCGAAGACCCCCUGGCGCUCCUUCUCACCGGCCCACCAUUAUCCGCCCUGCUGAGCCCUCCUUGCUAGACUAGACCUGUGGCCAAGCCCACCUAAGUGUGUGUGUGUGUGUUUGUGCGUGGGUGUGUGUAUCUGCACACUAAAGGCCGGGGGCAGGGCUCAAGGGCAGGGGCAGACUGAUAGCGGUGCAUAAUGUGCGUCCAGCCGUAUUAAUAUAUCUCUUCAAGUGAUGUAAUAAGCUGCUAAUACCGUCUUUAUCAGUGCACAUGAACGAAAGAAAGCCCAUAACCACUUGAAUUUUACAUUUGACUGCUGUGGAAAAUGUGUAAUACAAAAUAAAGCCCAGCUUAUCUCUGGGAUGCAUUUAACUUCUAUCAGUAGGAGAUGGUGUAUCAAAUUCAGUUGAAGAGCUUUUUUAUUGUAAUUAUAGGUUUAUUUCCUCUGAUAAGAUUCCCAGCAGAACCUCAGUGAAUAACUUAUUAACAGUUACAGGCUGGCUUUCCUCUCCCCUCCCUCCACCUUUUUAGAUUGGCCAAGACUCCCAAGUCUAGAUCUCUGUGUAAUAUACACCCUUAACCUGUUGUUACUGUUUUACUGGGUUUUCAUUUCCUAACUGAUUUCAUACUGGAAAAACAAUAGAUUAUUAUCACUAUAUUGUUUUGAUGAUGUCAAUUUUCAAUGUGUUAUUUUAUUUGAGUGUCUUUGUCCUUAUUAAUGACCGUCAUAAAUGUAGCUUUAAAAAUGAAAUCCUAAUCGCGGCAAAAACAGAAUAAAAAGACACACGGCGGAGGGGUAGGGUUGCAUGAGUAGCUUCAGCCCCCACCCCCCCGUGAAUUAUCCUUCCAUGAUGAAAAGAUGUCAGCCAGAUCGACCGUUAUAAUCCAAGCACUUCUAACCAUGUAGCCUUACAACAAGCCACUCAUAACAGGAAUGUUGUAGUCCGUUACCAGAACACUAUGCACAAAAACCCGGGAGAGGGAGAGAGACAGACUGAAGGCUCUCUGCACUUUGUGGGAUUCUUUCUCUCCACUAAUUCUGAAUUGUUAAAGCCUUGAAUUUUAAUCCCUUUAGUCUCAGUUGAACCCCAAUGAGACUUUCAGCCUACGGGUAGACUUUGUUCAUUCCUGGAUUAGCUGAUUCAUAUAGAGCAGAGCCCACAUCUUCCUCUCAGAGAGGAUAAAACUCAGUGAAGCAGUGGGGUGUGUAGACAAGGACGUAUCUAUGAUUUACAGUAUAAAGAUGGUAUUAAGCAUUUAGGAGUUCGCACGUCUCUUUCUGGGCUUAGUUGUCAAGGACAUUUAUUAUUGCUAUCAGUUCUGCUUCCGUGCAUUAAAUAUAUCAUUGUAUAUAGCUGGCCUAUACUGGGGAGUUAGCACUUGUAUCGCAUUUAAUUGCAGGGUUGAUGACAAAAACAUACUAUUGAUUAUAAACAAAGAUGUUAAAAUGCAACGGUUGCUGUCAUAUGAAAGGAAGCACUAACAGUGUAAUUUCAUAAAUUAGCCUUGGGUGUAGGGAAAAAGAGACUGGUCAUCUCCAAUGCAUUAUUUAUAACCUGGGCAUUUGUCAUUUCUUUGAUGUUUUUGGUUGCAAUUUUAUCAGCUCUGUACAACUCAGCUCUCCAGCUUCUCCUGGACUGUUAUUUGGGGUUCUGCUACGGGGAUUGGCAGUCUAAACUUGUUGAUGUUGGGAUGGCACUUGGGGCUGGACACACAGCUGUGAUUAUUUGAUCAUGAUCAUCAUUUUGAUUGCUCUUUCAGGGUAUUUGACCAUUUAAAACCAAUUUUUCUUGAACAUGUUUAGACGCAAACUGGUCAAGCUGAGAAUGAUGUUGAGCUAUUAGGAUGCUUUCUGUUUUUGGUUUGAUCAGUAGUGUUGGUGAGUAGGUGGUGGGAUUUGUGGUUUAUGAAGGCACACCCUGUCUUGAGAAGCUGUCCAAACGUUUUCUCUGUUCUCAACACAGAGAAUAGAAACAUAAUUAGACCUGACAUGACAAAGACACUAUAAAGAAAUCAAAACUGUUCCAAACCACAGACUCUAGAGACAGUGUGUGCCUUCCCCCCGUAUUUCUCUACAGGUCUGGCUUUCAGUGACAGUAAAACAAGUUAUAAAACCCCAAAUCUUUAGAUUGAAGAUCCUUCACAUUAGAUCUUUCACAAACCCCCUCUACACACAAGUUAGUUCGUGUGAUAAAACUCAUUGCCCAGCGUUUGUUGAAAUUCCCUUGUGCCUGUCACUUCAGCCUGCCUGUGAGAAGCCCAGACUGUAAAUGCCCUGUAAUACAUUAGGUUGUGGCAAUAUUGCCUUUCUCUCUAAUGGAUGUACCCUGCCUCCUUCCUUUCCCCCCUCCCCUCUCUGUAUCUGGUGGAUGGGGUUGGAAUCCAACCUGCAAAAAACUCUUUUCUUUUUGUUAUGCAAACCCUUGUCAAGUGCCUCUGUAGCAAUUAAUUGAUUUGAAUAAACAAAAUGAACUGACUUAGAAUGGAGAGUAAAUAAAGAGGUGUUGUGUACAAUAAAGGGACUGGCUCUGGUG